GACAAGGUGCCCGUCAUGUGAGGCUCAGUUCGACACAUGCCCCCGAAUUCCAUGCCAAGUAUGGCACUGGCAUGAUGAUCGGAGGAUUCGUGUUCUGUGUGUCUGUCUGGGGAUUUGUAUGUUUAUUUUAAUCUCUUUGUUGUGCCAAUUUCUAGUAGGCCUUAAACACCUUGUGGUAUAGAAGAAUGUAUAACAUUUGUAUAUCCUAGUCUUUCUUGUGUGUAUUAUUCCUUCCCCACAUCAACAUCAAUCCUAACGUGCUGUGUACACACUAAUUUCAGUCGUUAUUUGUGAUGCGCAACAUCUGUCCUCGUUUUCAGGUACUAACACAAACCGGCAUCACAUGGAAUCUGUCUCCAGUUGGGAAGGUCCAGCCCAAACCAUGGAGGGAGGCGGAAGAA